CAUAUCUAAAAGCUAGCAAAUGUCAUAUAUUGGCAACUAGGAAAAAUGAAUUGCAAAACUAGAUUCAUGAGCUCUAUGGUGAUGAUUUCAAUAAUCAUCAUAUUUCUUUUGGUUUCAGGGAAAACUGAAGCGCUUCCCCAAAAUUGCAUUGGAUCAUGUAAAAUGCUUAUUGACUGUGCGACGGCUUGUAUCAAGAUGGGAUACACAACUGGCCAGUGUGUUGGCUGGAAAGACCCCGAUAUAUGUUGCUGCGACCAUUGAAUCUUUUCGUAAAUAUACUUAAAAUCAUCAACAAAAAUAAGUAAAUUCAUAUAUCUCUGAUUAUUAAAUUAUGCUAUAUAACAAAGUGUAUAUAUGAAUUCUCAUAAUAUACAUCAAUAUUGUGUUAUCAUAUGCA